UUAUAUAUACCAAAAAAAAAAGGAAAUCGGCUAUACAACCUGUCAUGUAAUUCUUCCUUAUAGACUAUUUUAAUGAGUCAUAUUUCUGAACUCCGGCACGGACCUUUCAAUUGUCUUGAGGAAUGGAAGAAUAAUAACCUCAAGCCUUUUCGCUGUAUCUCGCAUCCUAAACAAAAGAUCCAGGAUGACUACUUCAGCGAUGGUGUUGAUAAUGAACUCGAGUUAAAUAAGGUUGCCGAUGCUGCAGAUACUCGUAAAGCCCAUCGAUGCAGAAGUAGAAGUGUGUCUAGCUCCUUGGGCGUCUCAGCAGAUGGCAUGCCUGUCGGUGAGUGCAAGGGAACCUUCUUGGAUGCAAUCUGCACUGACAACACUGAAGGGUCGAAAAGUGCAUCGAAGCCUGUGCGAUCCAUGUCAUGGGAAGCCUCUACGCUUGGGAACCAAGACGUUCUUUCGAACGCCAAGAUGAGUGAUCAACUACUGCCACGGUCAACAGUCCACCAUCUCACUCAACUUUUGAUUCAAUGUGUGCGUGAAGAUGAAAAACUAUUAUUUCUAGCUCAGUUAGCGUCCCUUGAAGCAUUACGAAACCUUCGAACCCUCGAGCUAUACUUUCAAGAUCUAGACGAAAAUUUGCUUUAACGAUGAACUCAAGUUUCAGUUACACAUAUCUGCUUUUUCUCUUUCCUUUCUCCCCCCCCCCCCCAUACCUUCCAUAACUAUUACGUUAAUUACAUUUCUGCUUCUCUAGAUGUAUUAUCGAGCUUACCAUUUCAUUGAUUAUGCUUUGAUUACACUGAAUAGGUGAUAACAACUAUUGCUUGUGUGCGAAAGCUAUCGUAACAGAUUACAGGUGUACGAAAUAAAAAGAAAAUGAACAAAAUGCUCUCUGGAAGUCGACAAAAAUUUAUGGUACAUAAAAGAUUCUUGUAUCUUCUGAUCUU